AACAUCUUUUAUUACUCUUAUGCUUCUUCUUCUUCUUCCCCUAAGCAUGAACAGUUAUCCCAACUGUCGAUCUCCUAGUGUACGAUACGCAGGCUGGUCGUGGCCGGUAGUGCCGGUACAGGCAUUGACUUCUUCGUCAGACCUGUCAGACCUGUCAGACGACCCAUUUUCAAUUGAUGCCCAUUUCCGAGUCUGCAUCAAUGAUUCUCGUCCUUAAAGCUCUUAUGUUGCAACGGCCCAACAUUCCCUUCUCACCUUUUGAUCUUUCCUUAACAGCCGCAGGAUCCUGUCUCGCUGCUGACUGGAUGCUGUUGACACUUUGGGACAAUGCAGCCUAAUGGUCUGCGCUAAUGAAGCGAGACAUGAACAAGUUUCCAAUGAUGCUUUGGAGACAACCGUCCACCUUAUACGACACUCUGCCAACCCGCUGGAGAAAUGACAAGACUGUAUAUGGACCUUUUUAGUCAUCCUUGCUCCUUGCUCCGCAUUCACGAGGACAUGACUAAAAAGUGAGGACCUUCACCCUCCGUUCGUCCAAGCAUCGACGAGUUGAGAUGAUACGUCAUCAAUCUCCGCAUUACAACGAACUUCAUAUGUAUUUAUGAAGUCAGGAGUGGUCAGGAGAUAUCGAAACCUCCGUCCGGGCGAAUGUUUACCUAUACCACGCCUAUAUCCAUCAGUACCCAGCACAUUUCCAACUCAUAGUAACCCCCGGUACAAUCAACAGCAAUCGCCAACAUGUCCGGACGCAACUCAGCACCACUCCGUCCCCAGACGUUCAGCCCUCCGCAACCCCUCGAGCAUGCCGAGGAGAUGCACAAGACGGCCCUGGCGAUCGGAGCCGACGGCAAAGGCCUCCUCGCCGCCGACGAGUCUACCGGCUCCAUCAAGAAACGACUCGAGAAAGUCGGCAAGGACAACACCGAAGACAACCGCCGCGAAUGGCGCGACGUCAUGUUCACCGCCGAAGGGGACUUUGAAUCCCACAUCUCGGGAAUCAUCAUGUUCGAAGAGACGCUCAUGAAACACGACUCCCGGCUCGAGUCUUCCAAAUACAAGGGCAAGCCGUUCGUGGACAUUAUCAAGUCUCGCGGCAUCAUCCCCGGCAUCAAAGUCGACAAAGGCACCGUGGCCUUGCCGCGCACCGACCCGGAAGAAACCACGACGCAAGGUCUCGACGGCCUUCUCGACCGGUGCAAGACAUACUACGACCGCGGCGCGCGGUUCAGUAAAUGGCGAAGCACCUACAUCGUCUCCGCGACGACGCCCUCAUCCCUCGCGAUCAUGGACAAUGCCGAAGUCCUCGCCCGCUACGCGGCCAUCAGUCAACAAGCCGGACUGGUCCCCAUCGUCGAGCCCGAGGUGCUCAUGACCCACCACCAGUCCAUCGAGCGGUCCAUCGAGGCCCAUAUCGCCGCGUACUCUGCGCUAUUCGAGCGCCUGGCCUUACACAAGGUCGAUCUCGCCUCUCUUGUGCUCAAAGCCAGCAUGGUCACGCCAGGUGACAAGUAUGCCGGUGGCAAAGCCGAUCCCGAACAAGUCGGCGAGGCGACGGUCCAUGUGCUAGCCAAGACGGUCCCACCGUUGGUGCCGACUAUCGUCUUUCUCUCUGGAGGAUUCAGUGACGCCGACUCGAUCGCGUACUUGAAUGCAAUCAACCAACAAAAACAGAAGAACCCACGCCGCGCCCCUUGGGCCCUGACGUUCUCGUUCGGACGCGCGUUGCAGGGCGUAGCCAUGGAGGCGUGGGCCAAAGGUGACAUCAAAGAUAGCCAGAGCAAGUGGUGUGAUCGAGCGAAGUGGUGUGGCCAGGCAGCUCAAGGCAAGUACAAGGGUGAAUGUCCGUCAUAGCCACUCGGGGUUGUGUGAAAUGUAAAUAGCGUCUUUUUGCCCAUUCUGCACGUACAUGGGCAGGGCUAUAGUUCCUGUAUUAAUCCCAAGUUUCUAUAUGCUCAGAUAAUGUCUUGAAUCCUCCCAUCUUGAACCCUUCCAAUCCUACACCUGCGUGGCUUAGUUUCCUGAUUGCAAGGAAAAGAAAAUACUGGACAGGACAACCGCAUGGAUUUUGACAGAAAAGAACACGCAAUUUAGAGAUAUCGAACUUCGAA